AUGGAAGAAACUGGGAUGCAACUUGGAAAAGAAGUGAACGAAGGCACCUCAAACACUGUUAAAGAACGUUCCAUUUCUCCACUUGAUCUAGGUUUGUUCGACAUAUGGAAUCGAUUUCGUAGUUUCUUAGUGAUUUUGUCCAAAAAGGUCAAAAAGAAAGGACGUGGCACAGUAUGGUCGCCCUGUGACGACCAACUGAACCAGAACUACAAGGCCAAGUUCUUGUGCAGCUACGGCGGCAAGAUCCAGCCCCGAACCCAUGACAACCAACUCUCCUACGUCGGCGGCGACACUAAGAUCCUCGCCGUCGACCGCUCCAUCAAGUUCCCCGCUUUCCUUUCCAAGCUCGCGGCUCUCUGCGACACCACGCCGCAGGAUCUCACCUUCAAGUACCAACUCCCUGGCGAAGACCUCGACCCCCUAAUCUCCGUCACCAAUGACGGCGACCUGGAACACAUGAUGCACGAGUACUACCGUCUCUAUCGCCCUAACUCCAAACCUGUUAGGAUGAGACUCUUUCUCUUCACGCUUUCCUCAAACCAUAAUUCCUCGUUCUCCUUGGAUCGUGAUCGCUUCGUUGAUGCUCUUAACUCUGCUCCAAUUCCUCUACAACCUGACCCCAUCAAAACCCCUCCCGUUACUCCUUCCAAUGUUGAUUACCUCUUCGGUCUCGACAAGGUCGUUGUUCCUCCCACUCUCCCUCCUUCCUUCGCGGCCGUCAAGUUCCACGAUCACGCGCCCGAGCCAGUCGCGCCGCAGCCGGAGUAUCAGGUUCGCAGUGGAAUCUCCAUUUCUGAUCGCGUCGUUGGAUCGGAUCCGAGUGUGAACUCGAUCUUGAUUCAGAGACAAAUACAGCAGGAGAUGCAGCGUUUGCCGAUUGCUGAGAAUGAAUAUCGGAGGAGGAGUGAGGAUGGUUUAACCGGUGGCUAUGCCACUGCGGGAGGUGAUUAUUACAUGCAGAAGAUGCCGGGGAAGGUUCGACCUGCUAAUGCGCCCCAUUCCAGUGGGUACUGGCAGGAGAAGCAGUUUUCCGGCGAGAGUUUUCAGACGAUAGUCACGACGGCUCCCGGAGUUCCCCCUAUUACUAGAUCGGAUACAAAGGAUUCAAUUGACAGAGAUGCUGUGCUUGCAAGGGUUGAAUCAGAGAAAAGAGUUGCUUUAAUCAAAGCCUGGGAAGAAAGUGAAAAAACAAAAGCAGAAAACAGAGCAUAUAAAAGGCACAAUGCUGUUGUGUUGUGGGAGAACAGUAAGAAAGCAUCAGCGGAGGCACAUUUGAAGAGAAUCGAGGAAAAAUUGGACAGAAACAAGGCGAAGUGUGUGGAGAAGAUGCAAAAUAAAGUUGCUGAAAUUCACCGAACAGCAGAGGAGAAAAGGGCAAUGAUAGAAGCUUACAAGGGAGAAGAAUUUCUAGAAAUAGAGGAGAAAGCUGCAAAGUUUCGAACUCGUGGGUAUUCUCCCAGGAAAUUUCUUCCAUGCUUUGGCAGUUAAAGCUCAACAUCUUCUCCUUUUCUUGUUAUAGGUUCAAAAUUCGCUGUUUGUUUGUUCUUCCUUUCUAAUAAGAGCAGCAAUUCGCUUGUUACACGAACAAGGGAUCAUGUUAUCUUUAAGGACAAUUUGAGCCAUUAUUUUAAAAUGAAAUUCAUUUCAAAAUUUUGUAAAUAUUUAUUCCAAAAGGGAU